UUUCACGCUGUGUCAUUGUGCGAUUCAGACGUAAUCCGAACGAAUUCUAAUAAUAUUCCUCUAUUCGACUUGUUUUCAAACGACAAGCUUUUGAUCAUGUCCUGUGGUAAUGAGCAGUGCCCGCCGGCGAAUCCGCAACCGAUCUACAUACACAUACCGCGCUCCAGGAUCAUCAUACUGAAGCUGGGCAAACAGUAUCGUCGCCUCUAUUUGGACGUACAGCCGACAACGAUGGCCGAGCGUCGCGCCCGGCUGGCGGAGGCGCAACGGGCGGCGGCAAUUGUGCGCCAGGUUAAUCCGAAGCCCAAAUAUGUGGUGACGGUGAUAAUUGGCCCCACCGAGGUGCAAUGCGAUCUGGAGCUGUUGCAGCACAAUUGCGAUUUCUUUGCGCGCGGCAAGCACGGCAUGGCCUACGGCCUGCCCGCCUGCGAUGUCAGUCUCGAGGCAUUUAUGAUCAUAUACAAGUGGAUGGCGAAGCCGAACGAGGUGGUGCUGCCGCCGAUGCUGAUGAGCGUCUUCAAGGCGGCCAUGUAUCUGAAGAUUCAGGUGCUGAUCGAUCAGUUCAUGGUCGAGUUUCGUGAUCCGUAUACGGCGCGCGAGGAGAUCGGCUUUCAUAUGUUCUUCGGCCUGCACAAGCUGAACGUCUAUGUGCCCUUUCGCAAGACGUUGCGCGUUCACAAGUAUUUCCUCACGCUGAUCGGCACCAAGGACUUUCUCAAUCUGUGGCCCAAUGCGCUUGUCUCGCUGCUCGACUCGCCCAACAUAUGCGUCAACUCCGAGGUGGAGGUCCUGAUCGCCGUCAUACUCUGGCUCCAUCAUGACUAUCAGGCGCGCUGCUCCCACACCGAGCAGCUGCUCGGCUGCGUUCGAUUCGAUAGCAUUCCCCUCGAGGCGCUGCUCCAGCUGCGGCAGCACACCUCCAUCAAUGGACUGGGCCGUCUGCUCUUUCGGCCAGAGAUCGAGAUGUUUCUGAAGCGUGCACCCUCGCAUAACAACAAUAUACGGUACUGCAAUCGCCGCAUCUGGGUGUACGAUCAGCUCUGCGAUUAUCAUCAUGAUGCCCAUUGCCCCAAGCGCAACUUCAUUACGCUCGGCCAGUUUCAGGAGUUUCAGUUGGCGCUGCGCAACGCGCCCGAUCUGCACUGGUGGCAUCGCCAUCAGCUGAAUCCCUAUGUGCACAACUGUCGCCACGAGAAGUGCCGCCGCCUCUCCGGACCCCAUGGUCGUCGAUAGGCCGAUGACGGUUGAAAGCCCUGCUUGAAAGCAUUCGCCAUAUACCCUCAUCAACGUGCUUCGUCCAACGAAUGGUUCCAUUAUGAUAUCAUAUCGCAGCAACACAUAUUUCAAUUCAGUUUUGGAUUUGUGGCGAGCAGCUAACCUCACUCUAACAUAUUUAUUUUGGACACAACUGUACUAAAUUGUUUCAACAAAAAAAAAAAAAAAACUGUCUAAACUUGAUGCCUUCCAUGGCAAUUGUGAGCGCAAGUCUCACAGCUUGACGCCAAUUUCUUUUGGAAAAACUUGUCCUUCGUUUAACUAAACUCACAAUUUUGUAUCGAAAUGUGCCUUAAAAACCCAAAUAAAUAGUUCGAUAUGAACAAAUGGGUUGUUCCAAGCCAAAACUAACAGAAAUUUCGAAGAA